CCAGCAGCUGUUCACACUGCCGCUUCCCAUUGGCUUUGCUUCAGCUGUGGAAGGAGUGGUCUGGAUGAACGAUGCUGCAUCCUUUGUUAAACCGUGCAGUUUCAUUUUGAGCAGGAAUCAGUAAAGAAACCGUAGUGAGUGGUUGAUGAACUUUGGGUUACUUUAUCAUAAACGUGUCGGCCUGGUUGUUCGAUGGGAAUGAGUUUAUAUGCUAUUAAAAUAGAUCCACCUGUAGCAGGAUUGGAGACACGUCCAGUUGAUUCAAAGGAAUCAAACGAAAACUGGGAUCGUGUGAAUCUCGGAAACUUGAAUUGAAUUGCGACUACAGUGCAGGAGCAGGACUCGUCGAGCAGUUAAGGAUCGAGAGUCGGUUUGAUGAGAGGAAAAAACGCGAGACGCGAGCGCUUCAUGGGCACCAUGCGCCCCUCGCCGUGUGCGUAAGCAGCUGUGGAGGAUCCACACAUUAUGAGACGCCAUGGCAUGGUGUGACCGAGGGGUUCAGACUUUGCUGGCCAUCGUGGGAGCCUUUGCCGCCUUCAGUCUCAUGACCAUCGCCAUCGGCACCGACUACUGGCUUUACUCCCGGGCGUACAUCUGCAACGCCACAAACGCCACCGCUGACGAGACCCAGAUGCAAACCAAGAAAGUCAAAGGCGACCUGACGCACUCCGGGCUGUGGAGGAUCUGCUGUAUCGAAGGUAUCAACAAAGGAAGCUGUUUUCGGAUCAAUCAUUUCCCAGAGGAUAACGACUACGACACAGACAGCUCAGAGUACAUCUUACGUAUAGUGCGUGCAUCGAGCCUGUUCCCCAUUCUCAGUACCAUUCUGCUGAUGUUGGGUGGCCUGUGUGUCGGGGUUGGACGCAUCUACAGCAACAGGAACAACAUCCUGCUCAGCGCUGGCAUCCUCUUUGUGGCUGCAGGCCUUAGCAACAUCAUCGGUAUCAUAGUCUACAUCUCCAGCAAUGCCGGAGAUCCCAGUGACAAGAAGGACGAGGACAGGAAGAACCAGUACAACUACGGCUGGUCCUUUUACUUCGGCGCCCUCUCCUUCAUCGUGGCUGAAUCAGUGGGCGUACUUGCGGUCAACAUAUACAUAGAGAAAAACAAAGAGACACGCUUCCGAGCCCGACGUGACUUCAUCAAAACCACUUCCUCUUCUUCACCAUACUCUCGCAUUCCAAGUUACCGCUACCGAAGAAGGCGUUCACGCUCCAGUUCCAGGUCGACUGACCCGUCCCGCGAACCUUCCCCAGUGGGGAUGAAGAUUGGUGGAGGAAGUGGCGGAGGGGGAGGAUUGGGGAUGGGUUUGCCGAUGGGCGAUAUAUCCCUCUAUGCCCUCAGUAGGGACCCUCUGAAGGGUGGAAGUGGGACUGUAGGGCCCUACAGCCCAGAGAGGGAUUCUGGGUUUUUACAAGUCCACAACUGCUUCCAGAAAGAUUUGAAAGAUGGGGUGAACAGGAGGACCACACCUGUAUGAGGUCAGGAGUUUAUUGCUGUGUGAAACAGUAAGUGUGAUGGCACACAUUAGAUAUUGUACAGUAGAUGAGAAAGGACAUUUCCUCCCCGGGGCUGUUCAUGCAGCUGCGAUGUUGAAAGGUCAGAGCUCAAAAUUGUUUUCCUUGCGUCCCUCUGUGCCCGAAAAAGUGCCAAUGUGUGUUUUAGU